CUUUUUUCUAUUUUUUUGUUUGUUUUUAUCGCACCCAUCUGAGGUUCGCGUUCAGUGGAUGGAGUAAUGAGUUCAGGAAGUGUGGUUCGGGUGCGUUUUUGAAUAGGUGGCCUGAUGGUGGAAUCGCGGGACGGAAAUGCUCGAUUUCGCUUGGCGGUUCUAACGGAACUUGUUGGCGGGGCACUGGGCAAUGCUUUGGAGGCGAAGUAUCGGUAGGUUGUGUUGCUGUAUCUUUCUCUCUAGUUGUCAAGUUGGUUAUCACGUCUGUCUAACACACAGACGGUCGCCAGUUCGAAUCUGGCAGGAAUCAAUUUUUUUGCCCCGGUCAGGUUUUUUCGGAGAAUCAAAAUUAGCCAAUAGAAUUUUUAUUUUUUUCAUUCCCUUGUUUUGUUAAACUUUCCUUCAAUUUGCAAGCUUAUGUACAGUAUGCUUAGUUACAUAAAAAUAAAUUAAAGAAAAAGAAAAUCACAUUGUCAAAGAUGGA